CCUGCAAGUUCUCACUGUAAGGGAACAAUCGGAGUGUGGGUGUGCGCAGUGCUGGACUCCUGAUAAAGCUGCAUCUUUUCAUUAAGCUGAAUAACCUCUAUUGUUGGAUUAAGUUUGUUGGGUUUCUCGAAGGACACUUAUUUUUUUGUCAAUUUCUGUGUUAGUGUAACUCUCUCUGACUUCUGUUGACUUUUCAUCAAGUCACCUUCAUGAAGAUAACAGAUCGUUGCCACUCUCACAGCUGCUUCUUCAAUGAUAAGCUCAUGGCUUGAGAGGAGGGACAAAGAUGGUAUAGACACCUGCAUCACUGUGUGUCUGUAACAUCACAAUAUCAUUGUACACGAGCAAGAGAGAGAGAGAGACAGAGAGAGAGAGAGAGAGAGAGAGAGAGAGAGAGAGAGAGAGAGAGAGAGAGAAUGGCGAGCUGUUACUGUGGAACUGCUGUCUAAUGUUGGUAGUUGUUCUCUUGGAAUGCUAAUGAUAAGAGGAAUUUGUUUAACAAGGAACAUACUGAUUAUUCUCACUUGUAUUUUAGGGACCAUUGCAGAGAAAACAUGAGGUCCAAAGGUGAUGGAGAGAGCAGCCCAGUUCUGGUUGUCCCCCAUGCAAUCCAUGAGAUCAGUGAAGACCAGGAGGACGAUAUGAAAAAGCAGGUCACUGACAAGGGCAUCAAGGCCAAAGUUCAGCAGAAGGAAAAAGAGGAAAUGUCAGAAAGUGAGGAUAAAUCCACAAUGAAAGAUAAACAAAGAUUGAGCCUGAAGGAUCUGUCCAAAGAUGACCUUCUGGAGUUGCUGGGAAUCAUGGAGGGUGAGAUCCAGGCUUUAGAGGAUGUGAUCCGAGUGCUCAGGUCUGGCCUCAGUCACCCAGAGAAGCUUAAGUCUCAUUACAGUUCAGCAUUUCCAACCAAACCCCUGAAUGCCCUGCAGAGAGAUGGACUUCUUAUCAACAACAACAUUCUCCCUGAAGAUGUGUAUGAAAAGCCCAUGGCUGAGUUGGACAGGCUUCAGGAUAAGCACAGAGAGGCAUAUCGGCGGAUGCUGGAACAGUUGUUACUUGCUGAGAAAUGUCAUCGGCAUGUUGUUCACGAGCUGGAUGUGGAGAAACGCAAGCACAUAGACUACAUGAACAAGAGCGAUGAUUUCACAAACCUGCUGGAACAAGAGAGAGAGAGAUUGAAGCAGCUGUUGAAACAAGAAAAAGUCUAUCAAUUACGAAAAGAGAAAGAACACUCAAAGCGGCUGGAAAAGGUUCGUGGAGAGCUGAACAAGUUAAAAUCUUUUACACUCAUGCUAGUUGACGAGCAACAACUUCACCUGGAGCAAAUUGACCAGCAAAGUCAGAAAAUUCAAGACCUUCUCAAAGCACUCCAGGAGAAAGAGCAGACAGUAAGUGAAGUCGAGGGCAAAGCGAAAGAAGACAAAGAAAAACUCUUAAACCUUGAGAUUGAGUUUGAGGCCAAGGAUUUGAACUUCGCACAACAGUAUGAGGAGAUGGCAACUAAACUUGCCAGCCAAGAGAGUCAGUAUCAGCAAAUGUGCCAGAAACAAGCAUCUCUAGCACAGAAAAUUGAGGAACUAGAAGAGACAAAUGCAGCUCUACAGAAAUCAGCAGAGGAGCUGCAGGAGCUGAAAGAAAAAAUUAGCAAGGGGCAGUGUGGCAACUCGAGCUUAAUGGCACAGUUAGAGAGCUUGCAUAAGAUCGUCUUGGAGAUGGAGGGCAAGGAUGAGGAGAUCACCAAAACGGAGAAUAAAUGCAGUGAGCUGAAAAGAAAGCUUCAAACUGAGGAGGCAAACAACAAGGAAUUAAAGUUGGAGGUGGAAAAAAUGCAAAAGAGGAUGUUAGAGCUAGAGAAGCUAGAGGCAGCCUUUAAUAUGGGCAGGACUGAAUGUGCUCAGCUGCAGGGUGCAUUAGAUAAAGAAAAAAGCCUGACAAAGGAACUGGAAGAUGAGCUAGUAGCAAUUAAAAUUCGCAUGAAAGAGUUGGAAACAUCUGAGCUGAAACUGGAAAAGUCAGAGCUGUUCCUGAAAGACGAGCUAAUAAAACUCAAGUCUGUCACCGUGAUUAUGGUCAGUGAGCGUAAGAACAUGGCAGAGAGAAUAAAAUCUGAGGAAAAGAAGAGAGAGGAACUGGAGAAAUUGUUUAAAGCAGAACAGGAGAAAGUUAUGGCAGUUACUGAGAGAUUGAUAAAAGAAAGUAAAAAACUUCUAAAGUUGAAAUCAGAGAUGGGAGAAAAAAUAACUGCCUUAGUCAAAGAAAAAGUUGAGCUGAAGGAAAAGCUUAUUAUUGAGGAAGAGAAGCGUAAAGUAUUGAGUUCUGAGGUUUGUAUGAUAAAACACAUUAAUGGUGAGGUGACAGAGGAAGGAAAAGUAUCAAUCAAGGUGCUAAACAAAGAAGUUGAGAACCUUUCAAAUUCCAGCACAACAGAUGAAAAUAAAGUGGUGGAACUGACUAGGGAAAUUGAAAGAUUACGAAAACGUCUUAAACAGCUUGAAGUUGUUGAGGGAGAUCUGAUGAAGACCGAGGAUGAAUAUGAUAUUUUGGAGAAAAAAUUCAAGAGUGAGCAGGAAAGGGCAAACACACUUUCAAAGCAGGUGGAGGAAAUGAAGAAUCAGAUAGCUUUGAGUAAGGUUGUAGAGAGAGAAGAUGGAGUUAGUCAGGAAACAGAAUUACGGCGACGGUGCAAGUUAGAAGAGACCAAAAAUAAAGAUCUGCAAGCAGAUGUUCAAGCUCUUAAGGAGAAGAUUCAUGAGUUUAUGAACAAGGAGGACCAGCUUUCACAACUGCAAGUAAACUACUCUGCUUUACAGCAAAAGUUUCUUGAGGAGGAUGACAAGAAGAAGAAUAUGAGCAAUGAAGUUGUUAAUCUUACCAAAGAGCUUGAGAUUACCAGGCGCUACAGCCGUGCCUUAAGACCCAGUAACAAUGGAAGGAGAAUGAUGGAUGUUCCAAUGAUGUCAACAGGAGUGCAGACUGACACUGGUGAAAUUGAGACAGGGAAUGAUGAUGAUGACACUCCUGCAGUGUUCAUCAAAAAGUCUGUUCAAGAAGAAAACCACAUCAUGAACAGCCUUCGACAGAGAAGCCUUAAAAAACCUGCAGAAAGGCCAUCAGUUAGGGAGCUCUAUCCUCCACCAGCUAGUGACCUUUCAUUAAAGAAAUCAUGGAUACCAUGGAUAAAGAAGAAAGAAAACCAUCCAACUGAAAAGCCUCUGCAUAUUAAUGAGGAAAUGACACAUUCUGAAAUUAAAAUGACCCCAAAGCACAGCCAACCGUUACAUAUUCGAUUGACUCCUGACCACCAGGACAGCAUGGCAACUCUACAGAUCAGCAACUCUCCUGCAGAAAACAUCUUCAGCACUGCAAUACCCGCUCCCUCACGUGGUCUUCCAAAGCCACAGAUAACAAUCAUUCCUUCUACUACUGUUUCGCCAAAUGAUCGAGCCACAGAGCUGAAAUGUCCAGAGCAAGCAAAAUCUCCACUGACCAUCACAGCUAUCUCAAGAGCUAAGUCCCCAGAGAGCAUUAAAACCCCAGCUAUUGACAGACCAACAUCACCCAUAUCCUUAAUACCAGUUAGCACGUCUAGCUUCGCACAUAUAUCCAGCAUCACAGAGUCUCAGGAAAUGAUCACAGGCCGGGCAGUAUUUAAAGUGACCCCUGAGAAACGAAUGGUCCCCACACCAAUAAAAAAGUGUAACUUAAAUGCUAAUAUUAUUACCACUGAGGACAAUAAGAUUCACAUUCACUUAGGCUCACAAGUCAAAAAGUCUCAAGAAAGCAACAGUCCAAUGGUCAUGGUCAGAGCCGACACUGUAUUACAGGACAACAAAGAGCUUUCUACGGGCACUGUGCUACGCUCACCACGUCAUGCUGCAAUUAAUAAAGCAGCAUCCAGCAAAGUAACAAGCAGCCUUACCAUUACGCAAGUCACUCCUGCACCACCCAGACCAACACUUUCUGUGCAGCCUGUUAUGGACUCUCAACCACCUCGAUCUGGGUCCACUCGCAUUCCCAUGUCCCGGGGCAUGAAAACUGGGAAGGUUGUACUUGGGGCUUUAGGAACCCCUAAUAAUGUGAAGAUGGAAUCAAAAGGAGAAAGCCAGAGCAUGCGUUUUGAGCUGAAGAAAUCAACUAUCAGCAGUGCAACCCUCCACAGUAGUGGAAAAAACUAAACAAGCAUAUAAAGACCAAAAAGGCUGAAAGGACUGAGUGUGAGAAGAUAAUAUACAGAUUAAAUAUGUCUUUACUGUUUCACUUCUGGAAUUAUCUUUUAAAAAACUACAUUUUUCUCCAAAAAGUAAAAAAAAAAAAAUGUCACUAUGUUUGGUAUGUCGUAUCUGUAAGAAUAUACAGUAUACCUGUAAGAAUAUUUAGGGAAACUGAAAUUAUUAAAUCUCUAGUACUUAUCUCGGGUUAGGGUUAGUGUACGUGUGUUGCUUGCAGUGCCAUUACUAUGAAGGGUAAUUACAAAUAAGCCCACAUAGUGGGUUUAAUACAUUAUGUUUUGUAUAUGAGUCGGUUAGUAUUACAGAGGCAAGGCUUCUUCAUAUGUAAUGUUUUUACUAUUGUUUACAAGUAAAACAAAAAUGGUUUACAAAAA